AAUUCUUAAAUUUGUGCCAGCAAUGGAGUGCAGAAGAUAAAUUUUCAGCCCCAAAUUUAAUCUCAACAGUUUACAUAUAUGGAGAUUUGCUGCGCUUCAAGGCAAUUGUCGCCGAUUAAUCUCCGAUUUGAUCAAACCUUUACUUUCCGGCCGGCAACAGUAAGAUGCGACCUCUUCCCUGAUGCAAAAGCAUUUCCGGAAAUAUCAACGGCCGAUCAAGUGUUCAUUCUUGGAAUGGGUUUCGUCGGAAAAUUCUUCGCUGCAGAUUUGAAGAAAAAAGGAUGGGUAGUGAGAGGGAGCUGCAGCAGCACUGGGAAGAAGAAACAACUCGAAGAUUUGGGAUAUUCAGCUUAUGCAUUCGAUGCAAAUCACCCACAGGAUGAGGUCCUAGAGGUUGUGAAAAACCAUACGCAUCUCGUUAUAUCUAUUCCGCCACUUAAGGGUGUUGGUGAUCCGAUUCUUUGUCAUGGAGGACUAUUAGAGAGGGCCCUGAAGGGUGGUAGACUCAGGUGGCUUGUCUACUUGUCCUCAACUAGUGUAUAUGGAGACUCGGGUGGUGCAUGGGUAGAUGAAGAUUAUCCAGUGAAACCAGAAAGUGAACUUGCCCGAGCAAGAUUAGCUGCUGAGGAACAAUGGCUAUGUUUCGGUCAGAAUCUUGGUAUUGCAGCACAUGUGUUUCGUCUCGGAGGUAUAUAUGGCCCUGGUAGAAGUGCUGUUGAUACUAUACUUAAGCAAGGGCCGAUGUCAAAGGGUCAGAAAGCAAGAUUAUUAAAGGACUACACAUCUCGCGUGCAUGUUGCUGACGUAUGCCAAGCACUGCAUGCCAGUAUUUUGCAUCCAUCUCCCGGGAAGAUAUAUAACAUUGUGGAUGAUGAUCCUGCCCCACGAGAGGAGGUAUUUGAGUUUGCUCGAAAGUUGGUUGAAGAAAAACUUCCAGGUCGUGUUUAUGCUGAGAGAGGAGACCAGGUACUUGUCUCAGAGAAACCUUCCAAGUCGACAAAGCGAGUCUCAAAUGCUCGUAUGAAGAAAGAACUGGGAGUUAACUUGCAUUAUCCUAGUUACAGGUCUGGACUAGGAUGCAUCAUGGAGAACAUGGCGCCAAUGUCGUGAAUAUGUAGGAGUUAACUUACAUUAUCCUAGUUACAGGUCUGGACUAGGAUGCAUCAUGGAGAACAUGGCGCCAAUGUCGUGAAUAUGUACCCAAACAUAUAGUUUAGGACCAGAAGCUAACAUGCUUAAUGUGUAGGACAAUUUUUUUUUUGAGCAAUUGUGCGGACCAACUUACGACUUUACGCUUCAUUUUGUAUUGUUGACAUGCCUGAUGUCCCUCUAUAUGGAGUAUUAGUACCACUUUAAAUUA